AUGAGCUACGUCACAGAAAACACUACCUGGCUUUCAAAUGACAUCACUCAGGAUGUCAAAGACCUUGUUGCUAAAUUUUAUGAACUUGCAGACUCCAAGUCAGCCGACGCCGGUCAUUUGAUGGCGACCGAUAUCUUCUCAAAGGAAGCAGUCCUGAUCGGGCCUCAGGCAACCUUUCGUGGCUUUGAAGUAUUUGAAGACCUCUAA